CAGUUAACUCCCUUGCCCCUUCUACCAUGUGAGGAUGCAGUGAGAAGACAGUCAACUUGAUCCUGGGCUUCUUCAAAACUAUGUCUCAAUACAGAUGAGUCUCUCAAGGAGGGACCCAAGAGAUAGUCUCUCCCUACCUCCAUGAAGAAAAUGGACCCCAGGAAGAGCAGCAAGCUAAGAGCAGAAUCAGGAUCAAUGCAGGCUGCAUUGCGUUGCUUGUGAGGAGCCCCCUUCAAGACUGCAGAAAGGAAGCCAUCACAUGCCCUUGGCCAGAAGCCUGGCAUCCUGAAAUUUCAAGAGCCCCACAGGCCUUCAGGAAGACCCGAACUUCAAGCAAAGCCUUUUUAUUUUUCAACACCCACAGCUUCCAUUCAACAAUCAGAAGUUUUCCACUUUGAUCAAAGAGGCUGAACAAGAAGGCCAAGGGAGCAGCUGGUUCUCAGCAGCUCUGGGCAGACCACAGAGCCCUUGCUACCCACUCAUGUCCGUGCCUACCAGAGGACACAGCCUUCUCCUUAAAUCAGCCAGGAUUUAUGCUCUUAUGGACUCACUGGGAAGAAAUCUCCAGACCAACUCCUAAAGGCUGACCUAAUUGGGAGAAACUCGCAAGUUUUAGAUCUGUGUAAGAACAGCAGUAGGAAUACUCUAAGCUUGGCUUUUGACACAGGACAUUUCCUUAGGGGCAUCUGGGAUCUCUGCUGCCUCGAAGUGAUGCACUGCAGCCAAGAAGUGAGCAGAAAGGAAAGGGGGUGCCGCACAGAACGAGCUCCUUCCAGGUUGACACCAAGUGGAAUUCUCAAAGAGCCACAUCUGGAGGCAGCAGCUAUACAGUGAUUCACAUUGUAAAUGAUGUUUUGAAAUAGAGAUCAUUAGUAACCACAGAUGUGACCCAGCUCUGUCCCCCGGAUAAUCUGUCUAUUGUAUCUAAAUUCCAGACUUGGAAUUUAGGACACCCAGUGGAAUGUUUAAUAGGCAUUGUCCAACACCAUCCCCAAGUCUGUUCUUAUUCAUGAAGUACUCUAACAUCAUCUCGCUUGGUCUUCCUGAUGACUGUAAUGCAGACAGGGAACAGGGAAAGCCAUAAGGACUUGUACAAGGACCCAAGGCUACAAAGGGAAGGGCUGAGACCAGACCUCAGGUUUUCAGCCUUCAGGUGCUGUGAAGAUUGAGUGACUUAGCAUGAGCUUUCAGCCAGGCAAGCUGCAAAGUGCACCCAAGUUCUUUCAGCGAUCAACACUUGCGACUUUGGUUGAGACAAUUUUCAUCCUCCCUGAACCUCAGUUUUCCCAUCUGUAAAAAAUAAACAUUGCCUGCCUGGGAGGAUGGAGGUGAAAGUGGAUUGAGGUCACAUGUAACUCCUAGCACCCUGCCUGAGACAGCAAAGAUUCAAUUAUAGCAGUCAUAUACACACCACACACACAUGCGCAUGCACACACAACACAUACAAACCACACACAGCAUGCAUCUCAGAUCACAAAUGCACACCACACCCUGCAUACAUAUACCAUACAGAACACACAACACACACACAUACCCCCAUACCACAAACACACACACACCACGCACAACACACACAGCCCCCAUACCACACCACCUCAUUGCCUAUUCCUUCCCCUUUUCAUGAGUUUUAUGGCCAGGCCCACGUUCAUCUGCCGGUUUAACCGAUCCCAAAACAUUCUGCAGGAGUGUUUGUUCAAAGGAUAGAUGUUUCCAGAUUCCUGCUCUCUGACAAUAUCUCUGAACCCCAAAUUUUAUACUUCCAUACGCCAGUCCCCCUUUGUGGGAAGUCUCCCAUUUGUGGGCCCUUUUUUUUCCCAGCGGCCCUGCAGCAUGUUCUGUUUUCAGCAGGAGCCAAUAUGAUCAAAAUGAUCCUUUUGGAGUUAUUCCACUGCAGUCCUAGGGAUCCCACCUCCCUGAAACCCAGCAAGGACUCAUUAUCUGGGGAGGUCUUCUGAGCCGCAGGCCUCACUAAAAGAAGUUGCAACUUCUUGAACAGGAAGGAGUUUUGUGGCUGGGUCUAAACAAAACAGAAGUUGCUUUGUGUGUGAGCACGCAUGCAAACACACACACACACACACACACACCACACACACAGAGUAGAGGAACCGUCAUUUUCCUACGCGCCUUCUCACAUCAGCCACCUUCUCUGUAGCUAGUUUCUCUGCACUCAACUUAAUCCCUGGCAAUGAAAAAUGAACCUCUCCCCCACCCUCGCUGCCGCCUCUCGCCUCACGCCCCCAGAGAAGAGUUUCUCCGCCAGGCAGCAGGUGAAGGUUUUUUUCCAAGUCACAUGAUUCAGGAUGCAGGGGGAGAAUCCUUCUUGGAACAGAGAUGAGCCCAGAACUGAAUCAGAUGAGGAGAGAUAAGGUGUGAUGUGGUGAAGACUAUAUAAAGAAUGGACCCAGGGCUGCAGCAAGCACUCAACGGAAUGGCCCCUCCUGAAGACACAGCCAUGCAUGUCCCGGCAGGCUCCGUGGCCAGCCACCUGGGGACCACGAGCCGCAGCUAUUUCUAUUUCACCACAGCCACGCUGGCUCUGUGCCUUGUCUUCACGGUGGCCACCAUCAUGGUGUUGGUCGUUCAGAGGACGGACUCCAUUCCCAGUCCACCUGACAACAUCCCCCUCAAGGGAGGAAAUUGCUCAGAAGACCUCUUAUGUAUCCUGAAAAGGGCUCCAUUCAAGAAGUCAUGGGCCUACCUCCAAGUUGCAAAGCAUCUAAACCAAACCAAGUUGUCUUGGAACAAAGAUGGCGUUGUCCAUGGAGUCAGAUAUCAGGAUGGGAAUCUGGUGGUCCAGAUCCCUGGUUGGUACGUCAUCAUUUGCCAAAUGCAGUUUCUUGUACAAUGCCCAAAUAAUUCUGUUGACCUGAAGCUGGAGCUUAUCAUCAACAAGCAGAUCAAAAAACAAGCCCUGAUGACGGUGUGUGAGUCUGGAAUCAAAACCAAAAGUGUAUACCAGAAUCUCUCUCAAUUCUUGCUGGAUUACCUGCUGGUCAAUACCACCAUAUCAGUCCAUGUGGAUACAUUCCAGUACAUAGACACAAGCACCUUUCCUCUUGAGAAUGUGUUGUCCAUCUUCUUAUACAGUAGUUCAGAAUGAACAGUUUCUCUUGGCCUUCAGGAAGAAAGUGCCUCUCUACCAUACAGUAUUUCAUCCAUCCAAACACUUGGGCAAAAAGAAAACUUUAGACCAAGACAAACUACACAGGGUAUUAAAUAGUAUACUUCUUCUGUCUCUUGGGAAGAGACAGCUCCUGGGUUAAAAAGAGAGUUUUGAGUGAACUAUCUUUCAGAUAGCAGUCAGGGAAGCAAUGUAGUAUGGUGGGCAGAGCUCCACAUGGGAAUCAGAACGGAUGAAUGGAUGUCCCAGCCCAACCACCAAUUUACUGUAUGGUCUUGAUCUAUUUCUUCUGUUUUGAGAGCCUCCAGAUAAAAUGGGGCUCCAGCACCAGAGCAGCUAGCAACCGUGCCCUAAUGGGAAAUUAAGGGGAGCCGGGUGUGAGUGUUUACAGUGUACCCUUCACAGGAUACUUCCUUUAUCUGCAGAUGGCCUAAUGCUUAAUUGUCCAACUUGUGAUCAAGGACUCUCUCACACAGGAAACUUCUCUAUACUGGCAGAUACCCUUGUGACUUGUGUCUGAACCGUGCCCAGUUUAUUCCUGCCUGGCCGUCACUCUGGCACUAGGAGCCUGACCUUGUGUUCCACACAACCCCGCCCUUAGGAACCUCCAGGGAAAACCAUGCCUGGGGCAGUCCCUCGUUCUUGAGAUGGAAAGCACAAAUUUAAGCACCACCACAAUGGAAAACGAGUUCAAAGACUUUUAUUCACAGAUCCUGGACAGAGAGGACAUAAUGAGUCUGAAGGGCAGUCAUCCUUCUCUGGGUUACAUGAGGCAGGAAUGAGGAGUCAGACAUUGAGAGCAAGCCAGUUAACAACCUAGGUAAAUAAAUAGGGUGUGAUCACUCUCAAUUCACUGGCAAAUGCCUGAGUGGUCUGUUUGAAGGACGCAACAGAAAACUGGGAAAUCCAGUCUGCUAGACAAGAGAGAUGCCUCUCAGUUCUUGUCUCUGGCCAGAGGUGUGGCAUAGAACUGGAAAACCCUACCAAGGGCGACUAAGCCUGGCAUCUGGUCUGAGAACGUUAAACUUGUACACAAAAUGGAUGCCAAAGCAACAUAAAAUGAUAAGAAUUUACCAUACCUUCCCCUCCCUGGAACUCAGGAUCCAAGUCUAGCAAAUGAAAGGACUGGGUUUGAAUUGCUUCAAAACCUCUUCCAUUUCAGAAGACCAGACGCUUUGAACUGAAUUGUAUCUGAGAUUCCAGAUACAAUUUUGGAAGCUCUCCAACCAAAAUAAGGCCCCCCUACCACAGUAGACCAUUGAAGACACUAGUACGCUCUGACUGCACCUCAUCUCAGCAGAGCCACAAUAUGGGGGACAAGGUUCAGGGUGCCUUGCUUAAUGGUAUGAACUGCAGGAUCUAAAGGAUGUAAUGGAAAGGAUUAUUUCAGGGUUUUUUCUUUUCUACCAUGACCCAAAAGAAGAAAUGUCAUGUUGCCAACGAGGACUAAGAACAAAACAACUUACUGUUGACCACCUGAAUCUAAGAGACCGUCUGGAUGUUCGGGAAGCCAUCUGAUGAGGCCUGACUCUAUUCCAAUUAGACUGACAAUAAUUGAGCAGCAGGCAUUUUUCAUUUCCUGUCAGGAAGGUAUUGUGCCUUUAGCAAACAAUCAGUGUGUAAUAGUGAUGUGGUCAUCUAGCCAGGGAAUGGCUGCUGCAUCUCCUGCAUAAUAUAUUUCUGCUUCGAACACCUCUCAGAAAACCAGCUCCGUGGAGAAUUUUUAAAUUCCCACAAAGUUGUUGACAGAUAAUAAUGACCCUGAAAGUGGGGAGGACUUCUGAGAAACAGCAACCUCCUCUCCUGCUUGGGGUAGCCACAUGAGAUUUCUCUAGCUGUGUCCAACUCGGCAUCUGUACAUCAUCUUUGGAGGAGCACCUUGACAAGCCACUUGAGAUGGAAUGUAGGCCCUGAGGUUAUGCUUCAGUAAGAAAAGAUGGAAGCUUCCCCGCUAGACCAAAAUAUGGAGCAAAAUUUGCAUUUUUCUCAAGAAGGAGAGAAAAGGAGUAGGAAUCCAGCAAAGUUUGUCAGAAAAAAAGCUAGAAAAGAUUUAAAAGAAAAAAUCAGCAGUGGUGGUAUGGAUGAGAGGGACCUGGGAGAACAAAAAUGGCUAAGGGAAAAUUGUAAGUCAUCUGCAGAGCAGUAUGCCAUGUCGACCUUCUCUAAGUCUCCUCUAUGACAUAUUCAGUAAAGUCUCCAUUUCUCUUUAAGUCUUUCUGUGAGUAGAUUCUUUGGGAGAAGCAGGAAUUGGAAAAGGUGUUGAAUUCAGCAAGCCAAGUGGUCUGUGGUAAAAACAGCCUUUGAGACUCAAAGCUAAAAAGAAAAAAACAGGGAAACAUCUGGCAUUUGAGUUACACAUUAACUGCAUAGGACAAAUGAAUCUUGCUUAGAUCAACUCAUGUAUUCUUGAAAAGGUAUAUGCAACCCACUGUGGGUUAACUAAGCAAAUUUUCUGCCAUCUCAGAUUCUAACUCGAGAAAGAUUCCAUUUUCCUUUUUCACCGACUGUCCUCUGAGCAGAGGUGCCUGACUUUUGCACUGUGAGUGGUUCAGUGUCUGUCAAGCAAUGCUCAGAAAGCCAACACCUACAGACGCAAGAGGUACAUCAUUUAAAUGAGUAAUGUAACCAAACCAAGAAAAUGAAAGAGAAUAAUCAUUAAUAACUCAACUGUUAGAUACAUAGGGAGUGGGCAACCCAGGAAGUUUAAAACUAAAUUCUCUUACUCUUGAGGGUUAACCAGCCCCUGGGAAUGUUAUAAAUGAAUGAUACUAUGCUAGUAAAAUGAUAUAUAUGCAAGUAAAAUAAAUAAUUUAUCUAACUGGGAACCCUGGCUACCUAAAACAUAUGCCUCUUUGGAAAAAACCCAACUUGAGCUCCUUCCCUUCCUCCUACCCUCUGAACCCUGCCUCCCCACCACACACACACACUCUGUGUAUUUGCACAACUUUUAGAGGAAGAUGAUGAGUGAGUCAAUGAAAAAUAACAAGUCAAGGUAGAGUUGCCCUGACUGAAGUGCAGUAGUGUGAUCUUGGCUCACUGCAGCCUCCCCUUCCUGGGUUCAAGUGAUCCUCCUACCUCAGCCUCCUGAGUAGCUGGGACUACAGGUAGGCACCACCACACCCAGCUGAUUUUUGUAUUUUUAGUAAAGACAGGGUUUCACCAUGUUGGCCAGGCUGGUCUCGAACUCCUGGCCUCAAGCAAUCUGCCCGCCUUGGCCUGUCAAAGUGCUGGGAUUAUGGGCAUGAGCCACCAUACCUGGCUCCUAACCCUUUUCAGAAUCACAUAUUGACUAUGUAUUGAGUCUGUAGAGGAUAGAGACCACCUGUGCCUCAUGUUCAAAUCACCAUCCUGGAGUGACGGGGGUGAGGGCAGGGAAGAGCAGAGGAAACCUCUGAAUGUGAAAGACUGUCCAACAUAAGGCUGGAAAAACAUGACCUGAAAAAUUGCAGAAAGGCUGCAGGAGGCCCUAUCAAGGCUGCUGGGAAAUAAUGGAGAUUGGAGUAGGAAACUGGGUUGAAACUCCAGCUCUCUCACCAACCACACUUGAGGACUUUCCAAGUGUCUGCUCCCUGCUGGGCUUCCACCAAUGGGACUUCCAUCAGGCCUGGCAGAUCUCUCAGGACUGUUCCAGAGACUAUAUUGGCUGACUUCUCUAUCCUCUUAAUUGAAGGAGUUUGUCCCUUCUAUCCCAGAAUAAGAGGUAUUCCUGGGAUUCUGGGAGGCUCCCUUGUUUGGUAGAUUCUGCCAGCUUCCCUCAGUACUUCUUCCCUUUAGUAUUUGUCCACAUCAAAACCUCUUAGGCCACUGGGCUAUUCUCCAAGCUAUCCUUAUGUGACUGGGGAUUUGGGGAAUGAAUUAGAUAGCAGAGUUACAGUAGAGUAACUGCUAUAUAUUUAAUUGUUUGAAUAUACUAUAGUUUGUCCAUUCUCUUAUGCAAGAACAUUUAAUUUUUGCUAUUACACACAAAGCUACAAUAUAAGCACAUCUUCUUGUACAGCUCCCACCCCUAGUUGCCAUUUUUCUAUACAGCAAAAACACUCUUGGAAAAUUAUAAAUGGUUUCACAAAGAUACUUUGUUAACCAUGGCUACCAAGGGUUUAGAUGGCUCUGUGAUCAGAGCUUAUGACCUGGAGCUUAGUCUCUGGAAUCUGAAUGGCUCCUUCCAUACUUUCUAAGUACUUCUCUGCUUUGUAUAUUCAUUCAACACACAUAUCCCAAGUGCCAGUGAGUGCCAGGUCAGUUUACGAUCCAACAUGGUGUAUGCUACAGCUCUCCCAAGCCACUGCAGAAUCAGCCCUCAUUAGCAUGGGUUUGAAACCUGCUUUUCAAUGCACUCCGGGGCUUCCCUGGAUCUAGCUCUCUUCCUGGAAAGUAAACAAACACCAGAAAGUGUGAAGGACAAGCACAGCUCCAGAAGAUUUCUCCCCCAAGAUCAUAUGUUCAUAUUCCUCAUGGGCUUUUCUCGUGGUUCCCUCCUGAAACUCUAAUGGAAGAUCGCCACUCAAUGUCUAGUAUAGUGACUUCUCAGGUGUUUUUUUUCCCCCUACCAUAACCCAGAAGAAGAAACGUCAUGUUGCCAAUGAGGUCUAAGAAAAAAAAACAAAACUUACUGUGACCACUUGAAUUGAUUUUUAUGAUGCUCUCAUAAGUCACAACCCACAGUUUCCAAAACACUGUUCCAGUGUGCCUUCUCCUGCUCCACGUUGGAAUGCUAAAUAUAUACUUUCCUUAUUCCCUUGCAGCUUGGGUUCUAUUUAGCCUGAAAUGGACAGAAUUUUGGAGUGUUUGUCAAUCCACCCAGGAAGCACAGGUUUCUGUUUUUUCUGCAGCUUCAUUUGCAGAGGUUUUAAUGUCCAGAAGCUAGCUUAGUAGUUGAGGUGAGCCUGGGUGGUUUGGGAGAAGCAUCCAUUCUGCUGAUAUAGUCUGUUGCAGAUGUACACUGGUUCUGGAGCCCAGCAGCAGCAGCGGCUUCCUGAUUGCAGUGGUUUCCUGUUCACGGCAACAGUUCUGUGGUUCUAGAGGGACAAGCUUCCUGAUUGCAAGAUUAUUGGAGAGACAGCAGCUACUAUAGCAGCCCAGUUCCUAGGAGUCGCAUUAUAGGUUGCUCCUGAAAGCUCAGUCUCGAUUCUGUUUCCUCAGCCCUCCUGACAAUUCUACAAGCCAUUUAUUACCCUGCGAUAAACCCCUUCCUGCCAAACAAGCUAAAGUGAAGUCUGUUCUCUGCAACUGAUUCCUCAUGAAUAUAAUAACAACAUGUACAAACUGACCUCACCAAUGUUUACAAACCAGCCCGCCAUACUCACCCUGAACUUAACACUAUUCCUACAUUCCAAAUCUCAAGGACUAUCGCAGUCUCUGAAGAUCCUUCUCACUUCCUACUCAAUUCACAUCCAGUUCCUCCAGUUUCCUGGUUUCAGUAUCCUAGUGCCACCAUUGGCACUACUCUGAAUACCUCCUAACUCACAGCAUUGCCUCCAAUCUUACAAAUCCCAUCUCCAGACAGCAAUAGUAUCUCCCCAUUGUUCUUGGAAGUGAUAGUGAUAAUGACCAUUUACCAAGCUCUUAAGUGUUACAUACUUUUCCUGCACUCACUUAUUUAAUCUUCAAAGCGACCCAAUGAAAUAGGCAUCAUUAUCUCCAUUCUUCAGAUAAAGACGUUGAGAGUCUGAGACAUCGAGUAGCACGGCCAAUGUCACACAGCCAGUGGAUGGUAGAGUUGGGAUUCAAGACCCAUUUUGUCUAACUCCACAUGCCAUGCUCCAGUCACUACAAACAUAGCCUUCCAAAACUCUAAGCUCUUUCCACCAGUUCUCUCCCUAUCUGCUGAAUGUCUCUCUAGUUUUGUGCUCAGCCCCACCUCCUUGUGCUCUACGCUCAAAUCACAUUGCACUCUUUCCAGUUCCUCCAAUCUUUCGUGCUCUGCCUAGCCACCAGGUGCUUGCAGAUAAUUUUUCUUCUGCCUAGGAUUCUCCUGUCAUACUCUUUUGCCUGAUUAACUCCUCUCAUUGUUCUAAUUUCCAUUUCAGUGUCACCUCUUCAGAGAAGUCUUGCUGACUCUGCUGGCUUCACAUAAGGCCUUGCUGUCUCCUUCUACACCUCCCCCAUCCUUAAUUGCAUGACACCUCACCCUCCCCCCCUCAUUCUCUCUAUCUCCAACAUUAAAACUCCCAGAAGGCAGGAACCUUAUCAAUCUUAUUCAGCACUGGGUGCUCAAAGCCCAGCCCAAUUCCUGGGACAUAGUAGAUGGCCAUUCAAUAAAUAUUUCUUAAAUGAAUAAUCAAAGAAAACCACUUUAAAUAUGAGUUCAUUUUAAGGAAAAGGUAUCAAAUAAGCCACACCCAAAAAAAAGAAAAAAGAAAAACAGUUCUUUUCAAAAUACGGAAAUAUGAAUUGAAAGCCUCUAUUUUUCUUAGAAAUAAUUUUUAGCACUCAGGAAAUAAGAGUGCCUAUUAGAGAAAGUUGAAAUUUUUAGAAAGCAGAAUCUACGUGUAUCUGAAAACAUGGAAGGGAAAAAAAACAAAUCUUCACUUACUUCAUUGAACCGCCUUUCUGAGCAAGGGUGGUAUAUUUGCUGUACAAUCCAUUGCCCUUCCUGCUGCCGAGAUAUCUAUGUGCUAUUCCAGUCAUUUUGUGAUUAGAAAUAAACAGAGUAAUCUUAGAAA